GGAGCUGCGGGGGCUGGGCUAGCGCUGCGUGCGGGGUCAGCUGUGGAGGGCGUGGGAACCUUCGCCACCGGGAGCUGGCCCAGCUCCGGCGUCUUGACUGCCGGUCUUUGAAUGGGGAGUCUUCGCUGGUGACUGUCGCUUCAGCCCUCCUGGUGUGGCCGCGAGUCGGAUUCUUAGGAGUGCGGUUUCUGGUCCGGGUCCUUUGGUUGCUCUGCUGUGCUCCGUCACCUCCUAAAGAUGCAUCCUGACUUAUCUCCACACUUGCACACUGAAGAAUGCAACGUCUUGAUUAACUUGCUUAAGGAAUGUCACAAAAAUCACAGCAUUCUGAAAUUUUUUGGUCAUUGCAAUGAUCUCGAUCGGGAGAUGAGAAAAUGCUUGAAGAAUGAGUACAUGGAAAAGAGGACCAAGAGCAGGGAGCAUGGCAAUGCGAUGCGAAAAAGACUUUUUAAUCCUGCAGAGGAAUCUGAAAAAUAAAUUAGAGGCACACCUCGUUUUAUUGUGCUUCGUUUUAUUGAGCUUCGCAGAUAAUGCAUUUUUUUCAAAUUGAAGGUUUGUGGCAACCCUGCGUGGAGCAAGUCUGUUGGUGCCAUUUUCCCAACAUCAUUUCUCACCUCGUGUCUCUGUAUCACAUUUUGGUAAUUCUCACAAUAUUUCACACUUUAUAAUUACUAUCCUAUUUCUUACGGUAAUCUGUGAUGUUACUGUUAUAAUUAUUUUGGGGUGCCACGAAGCAUGCCUGUAUAAGACAGUGAACUUAAUCGAUGUUGUGUGUAUUCUGACUGCUCACCAACCAGCCAUUCCCUCGUCUCUCCCUGUCCUUGGGCCUUCCUGUCCCCUGAGAGGCAACAUAUUGAAAUUAGGCCAGUUAGUAAUCCUACAAUGGCCUCUCAGUGUUCAAGUGAAAGGAAGAGUCCCCCAUCUCUCACUCUAAGUCAAAAGCUAGAAGUGAUUAAGCUCAGUGAGAAAGGCAUGUUGAAAGCCGAGAUAGGCUGGAGCCAGGCCUCUUGCACCAGUUAGCCAAGUUGUGAAUGCAAAGGGAAAGUUCUUGAAGGAAAUUAAAAGUGCUGAAUGUGUGUGCCAGUGAACACACAAAUGUUAAGAGAGCGAAACAGCCUUGUUUCGAAAAUUGGUCUGGACGGAAGAUCAAACAUCCCCUUAAGCCAAAGCUUAAUCUAGAGCAAAGUCCUAACUCUUCAAUUCUGUGAGGGGUAAGAGGUGAGGAAGCUGCAGAUGAAAAGUUUGGAGCUUGAAGACAUUGGUUUGUGAGGUUUAAAGGAAAGAAACCAUCUCUAUAACCUAAAAGUGCAUGGUGAAGCAGCCAAGGGCUGAUGUAGAAGCUGCAUCAACAUCGAGACAAGACCCUCCACUGGCAAAAAGAUUAUGACUUGCUGAAAGCUCAGAUGAUAUGGUUAGCACUUUUUAGCAAUAAAAUAUUUUUAAAUUAAGGCAUGUAUGUUGUUCUUUAACAUAAUGCUAUUAUACACUUAAUAGACUACAAUAUUGUGUAAGCAUAACUUUUAUAUGUGUUGAGAAACCAAAAAAUUGAUUUGACUUGCUUUGUUGUGAUAUUUGCUUUAUCUUGGUGGUCUGGAACGAAACCUCUGGUAUCUCUGAGGUUUGCCUGUAUACUUUCCUGGAUGCCUUGGCUGAGAGAAGACCUAAAGACUCUUGGUUAAUAACCAAAAGAAUCUUACCUCAUUUUGUCUCCAGAAUCCUUUGAAUGGAAAGUGACCCAUGGAGAAAUAUGGAAACCCUGAUGCUGAAUAUUUUUGGGGUGGAACCUUAGGUACUCUCUCUUGUCUGCCAAUAUACCUGACUUCCAACACGUUUCUUCCCUUGGCCAACAAUCAGUUAACAUUUGCAUAACUUAUCUCCUUCAAUAAAAUAAUUGACUUUAAUGAUA